CCCCCCCCCCCCUCUCUCUCUCUCUCUCUCUGCAGCCGCACAUGCAUCGGCACCGGGAUCGAUUCCCCCCCCGUAUCGGAAACCGAUCCGUAGCCGCAUGGUGACGUCACGCCGCCGAUCGGUAAUAGUUGCUGGGCGGGUUUGUGGGCGGGGGGCUGUCAGCGAGGCAGACGGGAGCAUCGGAACCUCCACGCCGGAUUAAAGAAGCGAAGAAAAACACCAAAUACUCGCUCUUGCACGAGCAGCGUGCGUGGACGCGCACGGGAUUGUUUGCUGUUUUGAUUUUUGUUGUUGUUUAUUCUGUCGUGGCGGACGCGCGGGAAAUGUAGUGGCUCCGUCACGGCCGCCUGCGGGAGGAGGAUGGACGCGUGACGGGACGCACUGAGCCAGCUGUGGCCUGCGCCUGACGGCAACAUCUGGCCGGUGAGUCGCGCCGGGAACCGGGAACCGGGAACCAGGCUCCGUCCUUCUGCAGGGUCAGCGAGGCCGCCUCAGCAGCCAGCCGGGCGCUGCACUACGGAGGAGGAGGAGAUGGAGGAGGGGGGCGGAGAGGGGGGAGGGCCCCUGGCGGUCAGAGAGGGGCCGAGCGGUCACAGCCUUCAGCCCAACGCCACCACCACCACCACCACCCUCCUGGCCUCCGUCAAAGAGCAGGCCUCCCUGCAGGAGCUGCAGUUCGAGCGGCUGACUCGGGAGCUGGAGGAGGAGCGGCAGAUCGUGGCCAGCCAGCUGGAGAGGUGCAUGCUGGGAGCCGAGUCACCGGCGGGCGACAGCAGCAGCUCGUCUGAGAAGUCGUUUGCAUGGAGGUCUGCAGGUGGAGAGUCGAGGGGCGGAGCCCUGGCGGCGGAGGAGGGGCUCUUCAUGCCCGAACCGGACCGCGCCUCCCUGCAUGACAGUGAGGGCUCAGGAGGCCACUCGGCCCACGUGACCUCGUACUCGGACAGCGGCUACCAGGACAGCGGCGUCAGCUACUACAGCAACCAGAACGUGGUGCGUUCGGAGCCCCGAGCCUCCGUGUCCAGGAGCCCGAGGGCCGAGGGCCAGGCCUCCGGACAGGUGUCGGGCCGGGUGCUGCGGCGGAUGGCCUCCCUCCCGUCCCAGAGCCAGUCCCCCGGCUGCGGCGCCGUCUCGCCCUCCCGCGUCUCCCUGCGGACGUCCCAGGGCAGCACCUACGAUUCGCCCGUCCUCUCGGAGCCCAAGCCCCUCGCCGCCGUGUUCCCCGGCGCCUCCCUGUUCCCCGGCGCCUCCCUGCCGCCCUCCCCGGCCGACGGCUCGCGGGGCGGCGGCGGCCCGGCCCUCGGGGGAGCCGGCGCCGGCGGGCGCCUGGGCUCCACCCUGUCGCUGGUGGAGGGACGGGGCCUGACGGGGGCGCCGCUGCGUCCCGGGAUGACGGCGGUGCCGCAGCACUACGGCUCCACGCUGCCCCGGCAGAGCCAGCCGCUGGCCUACGGGGCCGACCCGUACGGGCUGUACCAGGGGGGGGCGCUGCCCCGACCCGACAGCCUCAUAGGGCUCCACAGCUCGUACGCCGACACCUCGGGGCAGAUGGAUCCGGAGAUGAGGGCGGCGCUGUCUCCCGACUGCCACAUGACGCCCGUCUUCGAUGAGCGCUCCUUCCACAGCCCCCUGUUCCACAGCCCCACCCACGACCCCCAGGGCUCCCUCUACAGGACCAAUGCAGGGAUGGGGACGCUGCCCCGGGCCUCCAGCCGCUGCGACACGCUGCCGUACCAGAGGAGCAGCUACGGGCUGAGCACCGCCGCCCUGUACGCCGACUCCUACCGGCUCUCCGGGGAGCCCGUCUUCUCCCGCCGCCACUCCGGGCUGCUGGACCGAGAGGUCACGCGCACGCCGUCCGUCGAGAGCAUCCACAAGGACCCCAGGGAGUUUGCCUGGCGCGACCCCGAGCUGCAGGAGGUCAUCCACAUGCUGCAGCACCACUUCCCCUCCGUGCAGGCCAACGCCGCCGCGUACCUGCAGCACCUGUGCUACGGAGACAACGGGGUGAAGGUGGAGGUGUGUCACCUGGGAGGGAUCCAGCACCUGGUGGACCUGCUGGACCACAAGCUGACGGAGGUCCAGAAGAGCGCCUGCGGGGCCCUGAGGAACCUGGUCUACGGCAAGGCCACCGACAACAACAAGGUGGCGCUGAGGAACUGCGGCGGCGUGCCGGCUCUGCUGCGCCUCCUCAGGAAGACCACCGACAACGACGUGCGGGAGCUGGUCACCGGCGUCCUGUGGAACCUCUCGUCAUGUGACGCGGUGAAGAUGACCAUCAUCCGCGACGCCCUCUCCACGCUCACCAACACGGUGGUCAUCCCCCACUCGGGCUGGAGCAGCCUGUCGCACCGCGACGAGCACAAGGUCAAGUUCCAGUCCUCCAUGUUGCUGCGUAACACCACCGGCUGCCUGAGGAACCUGAGCUCAGCAGGGGAGGAGGCGAGGAGUCAGCUGCGCUGCUGUGAAGGUCUGGUGGACUCGCUGCUCCACAUCCUCAAAGCCUGCGUCAACACCUCCGACUACGACAGCAAGAUCGUGGAGAACAGCGUCUGCACCCUGAGGAACCUCUCGUACCGGCUGGAGGUGGAGAUGCCCUCCUCCCGUCUCCUAGGCAACCAGGAGCUGGACACCCUGCUGGGCUUCUCCUCCCCGGCCAAGGAGCUGGACUACCUCUGCUGGGGCAAGAGGAGGCGCGGCAGGAAGCGGGGCGGCUGGCCCGACGACAAGUGGGACGGCGUGGGGCCGACGCCGGGCUCCUCCCAGUCUCUGAGGGGGGCGGAGCUCCUGUGGCACCCCGUGGUGGUGAAGCCGUACCUCAACCUGCUGGCCGAGAGCUCCAACCCCUCCACGCUGGAAGGCGCCGCCGGGUCGCUGCAGAACCUCUCCGCCGGGAACUGGAAGUUCUCAGCCUACAUCCGAGCGGCGGUGCGCAAAGAGAAAGGUCUGCCCAUCCUGGUGGAGCUGCUGAGGAUGGACAACGACCGGGUCGUCUGCUCCGUGGCCACCGCCCUGCGGAACAUGGCGCUGGACAGCCGCAACAAGGAGCUGAUAGGAAAGUACGCCAUGCGGGACCUGGUGAACCGGCUGCCCGGCGGCGCCCCUCCCGUCCUGUCGGACGAGACGGUGGCGUCGGUCUGCUGCACGCUUCACGAGGUCGCCAGCCGCAACGUGGAGAACGCCAAGGCUCUGGCCGACAGCGGGGGCAUCGAGAAGCUGGUGGACAUCAGCAAAGGGCGAGGAAAAGGGUACUCGACGAAGGUGGUGAAGGCGGCGGCGCAGGUGUUGAACACGCUGUGGCAGUACAGAGAGCUGAGGAACCUCUACAAACAGGACGGCUGGAACUACACCCACUUCGUGACCCCCGUCUCCACCCUGGACCGAGACCGCUACCUCUCCCAGCCGACGCUGCCCACCAGCCCGCUGCAGAUGUCCCCCGUCGUCCAAUCGGGCGGCAGUGCGACGUCCUCGCCGGCGAUGCUCGGCAUCAGGAGACACAGCUCCAACUAUCAGAGGGCGCGGUCGUCUAUGCAACUCGACACGUAUUACGGAGACAACAGUUUACACGAGCGCCGCUACCCAGAGUCCGAGGCGAAGACUCCGUACUUCAUCGGGACGUACUCCUCCCAGUCGGGGGAGGACUUGAGGAGGUCUCAGCACGCGGAGCCCUUCUACGACGAGCCCGACGGGAAGAACUACAACGGCUACAGAAUGUACCUGUCGUCCCCGCAGGGCUACGGGGGGGGGGAGGAGCAGCAGGGCUACGAGGACGAGCCGGCCCACUUCGCCCCCGCCUCCCCCGACAGGUACGCCGGCCACUCGCUGCCCUUCAAAGCCAACACCAACUACGUGGACUUCUACUCCACCACGCGGAGGCCUUCCAGCAGGGCCAACAAGUUCACCGGCUCCCCCGACUCCUGGGUGUAGAACGGGGGUGUGUGUGUGUGUGUGUGUGUUCUCUCGUUGAUGUGUGUACCGAAGGACCCCGGCUCAGUUUGACCACGAUAAUGCAGAUAAAUCUCUGCUAAUGAAUAUAAAAUAAAAGUUGAAUGCAUUAGCUUACGGAUCAAAGUGAAAUUAUGGCCACAGACCCUUUUGCUUCGAGCAAGUUUCUAUGAAGGUUUUUCCCGUAUUCGAAGGUAAGAAAACAUUUGGACUUGAUCUGCAUUACUGUGGAUUUGUUUUGUCUAAAGGUGCUGGUUUGAGUGUUUGUGAUGGUCUUUUCAUUUUACAUUAGCCAGCAACAUCCUGAGGGAUCCCGUAAAAAGACCAAAUACCAUUAAUAAGGGUAAACCCUAGUGGGACUGAUUGAGUAAAGAAAACUCGGUGUGUUGUGUGUCGGCCAAAAGGUGCAGAAAUAUCAUAAAGUAUGUGAACUAUGUGGGGAAAAAACGUGAAAAUCUAUUUGUACAGGUUCAACAGCGUCCUGUUACACUGUCGUAUUCAAUAUGUGGAACUUUAUGUGAUUGUGUGGAGAAGAUUUUUCUAUUAUUUAUUAUUUAUUUACCUGUGACCUGACCAAAAUCUGUCUGUUCUGUCCAAACUAAGGAUAACGUGCAAUGUUACAGAAGGGUAAUAUAUGUAUAGGGAUUAAAGACUAUAUCAUGACAACAUA